GAAGAAAUAUAGUGAAUUUUAGCACAAACAUCUGAAUGUGAUUAAGACCACAGAAAAAAAAAGUUAUAUACAGUAUUUGUCGUUCUCAUGGGCAAAUGCUACAUGACUGAGCACUUUUUGCCUGUAUCACUUCAGUUCAUCUUGCAACGCAGGUGUGUCAGAGGAGGGUGGGAAGGUAUUUGGCAACUCUGCAGACACAGAGCUCAUUUCGAAGAUCUCCACCAUCAGAGAGACAUCAUGCGCUCUCUGCUCCCUUUCCUUUACCUGUUCUCGGUCUGUACAAAAGGAGCAGGGGCAUCGGACCUUACCAUGCCCUUCAUGGAGUACCUGGACCAGAACCAUAUGGUCUGCCUGAAAUGGGGCUUUGAUGACGUGCAAGGGGAAAUUACAUUCAAACUGGUGGUCAACACAACAGGCUGGGUGGGCUUUGGCUUUAGUACGAACGGAGGCAUGAAGGGGUCUGAUAUUGUCAUUGGGGGACUUGGACCCAGUGGACACUACUUCAAAGAUUAUUAUGCCAUAAGGAACUCCAUGCCUUUGGUGGACGAGCAGCAGAGCUACAGUCUCCUGUCGAUGACUGAAACUGAAGAUCAAACCAUCAUGACUUUUCAGAGGUCCAUUAAGUCGUGUGACGACCAAGACUUCCAUAUCACUAAUCAACCCAUUAAACUGAUCUAUGCCUAUGGACUAACAGAUGACAUCGCUUACCAUCAGAGCCGAAGAGGCACCAAGGAAGUCAACCUGCUGAACUUCACUCCCAGGAAGAUCGUAACCAACCCCAACUAUCUCAGUGCCUCAGUGCAAAACAUCAGUGUCCCGUCCAGUCACACCUACUACCACUGCAAGGUCAUGAAGUUUCCAGCCUUAAGUACAAAACGUCAUGUAUAUCGGAUUGAACCAGUGAUUGAGAACAUUGACAUCGUUCAUCACAUGCUGCUGUACCGCUGCCCCUCCUAUGUGACGGAACCAUAUGACAGUCAGUGCUACAUGGGCAACAUAGGGGAUUCCUGCUUCGGGAUUGUGGCUGUAUGGGGAGUGGGAGGAGGGCCAUUUGAGGUUCCAGAAAAUGUGGGUAUUCCUUUCGGAGGUGAUGACAAUGAUAGGUUCUACAGGCUGGAAGUCCACUACAAUAAUCCAAACAACGAAUCAGGUAGGACAGACAGCUCAGGACUGAGACUGUACUAUGCAGACCAACUCCGACAGUAUGAUGUAGGCAUUAUGGCCACAGGUGUGCUGCAAUUUGGCGAUUUGGAUUACAACAUCCCUCCAAAAGCCCCUCAAUUCCGCACCUACGGCGUGUGUAAUACCACUAUGUUUUCUAAGCUUGUGAAUCCUUUUCCUGAACUUGAAGUGUUUGCUGUGCUGAUGCACACUCAUUUGGCUGGAAGGAAAGUCAGAGUUGGGCACUACAGAAAUGGAAAGCAGAUCGACUUCUUGGGCUUGGAUGAAAAUUACAACUUUGAGUUGCAGCAGAGCUACAAUUUGGGAAACAUCAAGACCAUUAAGCCAGGUGAUGAGAUUGCAGUGGAGUGCACCUACAGCACUACCAGUCGCAGCAAAGUCACUAAGAUGGGGUUGGCAACUACUGAUGAGAUGUGCCUGGCCUUCAUGCUCUACUACCCUGCAAUCGAUAUCUCCACAUGCAUCAGCCACCCAGAUACAACGCAUCCGUUUAUUGAUGCAAGCUACCAGAUGUCUGAGGAGACCACAACUUUAGACCCUGAUGAAAUUGUGGAGUAUGAGAGUUUGUUAAAGACUGUACCACAAAUUCAGUUUAUCAGUGACGACGAUAACAAAUACUCAGUUAAUGAAAAUGGCAUAAUCCGGGAGAUGAUGAAGACACCGACUGUCACUUGUAUGAAUAUCAAUGCGUCAAGCCGACUCUGCACUUCUUGGAUUGUGAACCCAGCUGGAAUCAUGCUUUUCCUCCUCUGGAUUGCAAUAAUGUAACGUGGCUGUGUGAACAAUGGAUCAAAAGCAGUGCAAUAUUGAUAAAGGGAGGCACAGUUGAAUCUCUGUUGUUUGUAUACCAUAUUCAUAUUGCAUAUAUUUUUCUCUUUGCUAUUAAUUGAUAAUCUCAAAUUGGGUGUCAUAUUAUUCAGCAACUUUCAUAUUGAUUAUGAUAUUAACAUUUCAAUUCCUUUCUUAUUUUAAUCUCUGUUUCAUAAAAGCACAAAAUGCUUUGGCCAUAUGUGCCUGGAGACAUGUCAGUUAACUUCAUUCUCCAUGUAUACAGUUUUAUAGUAGUUUUAUUUCACCAUAUAUGAUCAAAUAUGUAACUUAAUACCAAUGCACUUACAUUAUUAGUAUAGUACACUAUUCCAACUCUACUUUAUUUUAUAUAUUUCUCAUUCAGUCCAUUCAUAUGCUAUGAUUAUGCAUUAGAAUAUAUGGCACUAACAUAUGCAUAUGCAUGUUUCUCGGUUUGUGCUGUGUUCAUUAUAUGCACUGUAAGCAUUAAUUUCUUAUUUUUAAAUGUGUAUGAGUUAUAUAAAAGAGGCAAUAAUGUAAUAAUCACUCAAUUAAAAAAAAUUAUAUCCCAAAUAAUAAAGAAAA